AAAGGAAAUAGGUAGCUUAGAGGGUGAGAAAAGUGGGAAAGGCAAAGGUGAAAGAGAGAAAAAGGGGGCAUGUGAAUGAAAUGAAGAGACUAUGCUAUGCUCUGCUCUUAUUAUGAUUGAUUAGUUAGGCAUUAUACUUACAUAUACACACACAGAUGAGAUGGUGAUGUGAUGUUGAAGCAGAUCAUUGCUCAGUUUGACGACUUUAUUCAACUCGCAUCCGCCGCCGACCACCACCAUUCCACCACCACCACCUCCUUUUCUUCUUCGCCUUUUCUUCUCAAUAUUACGACUUUUCCCCACAAUCCUUCUCCUCUCCUUCACUUUCCCCGCUCCAGAUGGUGUUCUCUGAAUCUUGAUGAUAGCUCGCAUGAAGACGAUUGCUGCAGUUUUUCAUUAAGAAAUGAGAAGCUUGAAAGUUCUGGAAAUUUUGAGAUGUUUGAUCCUGACAAGCCUCCUACAAAGAGAAACCGGAUGGAUAGAGAUAGGGUAGAACCGACUGCAAUGACUGAUCCUGUUGAUGACAUGAUGGAAGACCAGAUUUGGAAAGAACUUCCGGAAGAUCUUUUUGAAGCAGUCAUUGCAAGACUUCCUGUAGCGUCUUUUUUCCGCUUUCGAUCAGUGUGUCGUAAGUGGGAUUCAUUGCCUACUUCUCAUAGUUUCUCCUGGCAGUGUGCUCAAGUACCACAGGCUCAACCUUGGUUUUGCACUGUUACUCGUGGGAAUGUAGAUACUGCAGCUAUGUAUGACCCUGCCUUACAGAAAUGGUACCAUCCAACAAUACCUGCUCUACCCACUAAUAUAAAUGUAUUGCCAUUAGCUUCAGCUGGGGGUCUUGUAUGUUUCCUUGAUAUCGGACAUCGAAGUUUCUACGUCUGCAACCCACUUACAAAAUUUUUCAAAGAAUUGCCGCCUAGGUCGAUCAGAUUUUGGUCACAUGUGGCUGUGGGGAUGGCAGUGAAUGAGAAAUUUAUUAGCAGCGGCUAUAAAAUCAUUUGGGUUGGUUGUGAUGGGGAAUAUGAAGUUUAUGACUCCAGGACAAACUCUUGGACACGACCUGGAAGCAUGCCAUCCAGUAUCAAGCUGCCAUUAUCACUAAACUUCAACUCGCAGGCAAUUUGCAUAGAUGGUUUGAUUUACUUCAUGUGUUCAGAUCCUGAUGGGAUUUUGAGCUAUAAUAUGAAGACAGGAAUUUGGAAGCAGUUUAAAGUCCCAGCCCCAAAACAUCUGAGUGAUCAUACACUUGCAGCAUGUGGGGGAAAAAUAUUACUUGUGGGGUUACUGACUAAGAAUGCUGCCACUUGUGUAUGCAUAUGGGAGUUACAGAAGAUGACACUUCUAUGGAAGGAGGUUGACAGAAUGCCAAAUGUAUGGUGCUUGGAGUUUUACGGAAAGCACAUUAGGAUGACUUGCUUGGGCAACAAUGGCUUGUUUAUGUUGUCACUUAAGUCUAAACAUAUGAAUCGUAUAGUUAUGUAUGAUGUGACAAAGAGGCAAUGGGUGAAGGUUCCUCGCUGCGUGCUGCCUCAUGGAUCAAAGGAGCAGUGGGUUUCAUGUGGCACAGCAUUUCACCCUUGCUUGACAAAUCCAGUAUGAAUUUGUUUUGUUUCACUUUUGAAGCACCUGCUUGAAAGCGGGUGAGAUUUUAUUUCACACGAAAUUAUAUUGCAAACAGGCGGCACACUUUCACCGUUGCGUCUGCAAUUAUGAUGGUGAAGAAAAGGUUGUUAAUGGGUCUCUUGUAUCUGUAUGCUCUUUAUUUAGUUUUCAAACAUAUUAAAGAAAAACUCGUGCUGAUACACAGCCCUGUAAGAAUAAGCAGCAAGACUUUUCCAUUAUUUUAAUGUACGGUUUCUACAUAAUCAAGUUUGGAUAUAA